AUGAUCUCUUUUCUAAUCUUUCUUCAUACAGCAACUCUGUUAGAAAUCCUGAACUGCAUUUCCAUCACACUUAAAAUAAUUGCUGAGGCUCUAGAGCCCCCUACAAACCAGCCUGCCAUGCUGUCCGGUUUCAGCUUGGCCACUGUCCCCCCGUGUUUACUGGGCUUCCUGGCAGCCCACGUUUUGUGCACCUUGGUACCUUUCUACUUGCUCUGCUUCUGGGAGAGCUCACAGCCAGCUUCUUCCUGUCCUUCCUCACAGAGAACUUCAGCCUCUUUCAUUGCGAAUGAGGCUCACUCAUAG